AUGACGACGCUUGCAGUUGACAAGAACGCCUCGAGCGCCAUCGACGAGAAUGACUUCGACGAGGGCCAUGGCGAGCACCACCCUCACAGAAACUCGGUCCACCACAAGCUGCGAGCAAGCAGCUCCAUCAUGCAGCUGAAGAAGAUCCUGGUCGCCAACCGAGGAGAGAUCCCCGUCAGAAUCUUCCGCACCGCCCACGAGCUGUCGCUGCACACCGUCGCAGUCUACAGUCAUGAGGACCGCCUCAGCAUGCACAGGCAAAAGGCCGAUGAGGCCUACGAGAUUGGGCAGCGCGGCCAGUUUACCCCCGUGGGUGCUUACCUCGCCGGCGACGAGAUCAUCAAGAUUGCCGUCGAGCACAAUGUCAACAUGAUCCACCCCGGCUACGGCUUCUUGUCAGAGAAUGCCGGCUUUGCUCGUGCCGUUGAGAAGGCUGGUUUGAUUUUCGUUGGACCCUCGCCCGACACCAUUGACGCACUCGGCGACAAAGUCUCUGCGAGACGCUUGGCCAUCAAGUGCAAUGUCCCCGUUGUGCCCGGCACACCGGAUCCCGUCGAGAGGUUCGAGGAUGUCAAGAAGUUCACCGAUGAGUUCGGCUUCCCCAUCAUCAUCAAGGCCGCUUUCGGCGGUGGUGGCCGUGGUAUGCGUGUAGUGCGCAAGCAGGAAGAGCUCGAGGACGCGUUCAAGCGAGCAACAUCAGAAGCAAAGUCGGCCUUCGGCAACGGCACCGUCUUCGUCGAGCGCUUCCUCGACAAGCCCAAGCACAUUGAGGUCCAGCUGCUCGGUGACAACCUCGGCAACGUCGUCCACUUGUACGAGCGUGACUGCUCCGUCCAGCGCCGUCACCAGAAGGUCGUUGAAAUUGCGCCUGCCAAGGAUCUGCCCGUCGAGACCCGUGAUGCUAUCCUGGCCGAUGCCGUCAGGCUCGCACAGUCAGUCAAGUACCGGAACGCUGGUACCGCUGAGUUCCUGGUCGACCAGCAGAACAGGUACUACUUCAUCGAAAUCAACCCCCGUAUCCAGGUCGAGCACACCAUCACCGAGGAGAUCACGGGUAUCGAUAUCGUUGCAGCUCAGAUCCAGAUUGCCGCCGGUGCAUCCCUCGAGCAGCUUGGUCUGACACAGGACCACAUCUCCACACGCGGUUUUGCCUUCCAAUGCCGUAUCACCACAGAAGACCCCUCCCAGUCGUUUGCUCCCGACACUGGCAAGAUCGAAGUCUACCGUUCCGCUGGCGGCAACGGUGUCCGUCUCGAUGGAGGUAACGGUUUCGCGGGUGCUAUCAUCACUCCUCACUACGACUCCAUGUUGGUCAAGUGCACAUGCCGUGGCUCCACAUAUGAGAUCGCCCGCCGAAAGAUGCUUCGUGCGCUUGUUGAGUUCCGCAUCCGUGGUGUCAAGACCAACAUUCCCUUCUUGAUCAAGCUCCUCACAAACCCCACCUUCGUCGAAGGCCAGUGCUGGACAACCUUCAUCGACGACACACCUGCGCUCUUCAACCUUAUCGGCUCCCAAAACCGUGCCCAGAAGCUGCUUGCAUACCUUGGUGACCUUGCUGUUAACGGCAGUCAAAUCAAGGGCCAAAUUGGCGAGCCCAGGUUCAAGGGCGAGAUCCCCAUCCCUAUCCUUACUGACAACAGCGGUAACAAGAUCGACACCUCUCAGCCGUGCACCGAGGGCUGGAGGAACAUCCUGCUCAAGGAGGGCCCUGAGGGCUUUGCAAAGGCCGUUCGUGCCAACAAGGGCUGCCUCAUCAUGGACACGACAUGGCGUGACGCCCAUCAGUCGCUCCUCGCUACCCGUGUGCGAACCGUCGACUUGCUCAACAUUGCCAAGGAGACCAGCCACGCUUACUCCAACGCCUGGGCUCUGGAGUGCUGGGGUGGUGCUACUUUCGAUGUUGCCAUGCGCUUCCUCUACGAGGAUCCCUGGGAGCGUCUGAGGAGGAUGCGCAAGCUCGUACCCAACAUUCCCUUCCAGAUGCUUCUCCGUGGAGCCAACGGUGUUGCGUACUCUUCCCUCCCCGACAACGCCAUUUUCCACUUCUGUGAACAGGCCAAGAAGAACGGUGUCGAUAUUUUCCGUGUUUUCGACGCUCUGAACGACGUUGAGCAACUCGAGGUCGGCAUCAAGGCUGUCCUCAAGGCCGGUGGUGUUGCUGAGGGCACUGUAUGCUACUCCGGCGACAUGCUCAACCCCAAGAAGAAGUACAACCUUGAGUACUACCUCGACGUUGUUGACAAGAUUGUCAAGAUGGGGGCACACGUACUUGGCGUAAAAGACAUGGCUGGUGUGCUGAAGCCUCGUGCUGCCCGUCUUCUCAUUGGUGCCAUCCGCAAGAAGUACCCCGACCUCCCCAUCCACGUUCACACCCACGACUCCGCCGGUACCGGUGUUGCAUCUAUGGUUGCUUGCGCUGAGGCCGGCGCUGAUGCCGUCGAUGCUGCCAUUGACAGCAUGUCUGGUAUGACUUCGCAGCCCAGCAUUGGUGCUAUCCUCGCAUCGCUCGAGGGCAGCGACUUCGAUGCAGGUCUCGAUGCACAUGCCAUCCGCAGCCUGGACGCAUACUGGGCUCAGCUCCGUCUCGUCUACUCGCCCUUCGAGGCUGGUCUGACCGGUCCCGACCCCGAGGUCUACGAGCACGAGAUUCCUGGUGGUCAGCUCACCAACCUCAUCUUCCAGGCCUCGCAGCAGGGUCUCGGUGAGCAGUGGGCACAGACCAAGAAGGCGUACGAGCAGGCCAACGACUUGCUUGGUGACAUCGUCAAGGUCACGCCUACCUCCAAGGUGGUUGGUGACUUGGCUCAGUUCAUGGUCUCCAACAAGCUCUCCUACGACGACGUGCUGAGCAAGGCCGAGCAGCUCGAUUUCCCAUCCUCCGUCCUGGAGUUCUUCGAGGGCCUUAUGGGCCAGCCGUACGGCGGCUUCCCCGAGCCUCUCCGCUCGCAAGCUCUCCGUGAGCGCAGGAAGAUGGACAAGCGCCCUGGUCUGUACCUCGACCCCGUGGACAUUGCCAAGGUCAAGGCAGACCUCAAGAGCAAGUGGGGCGAUGCCACCGAGUGCGAUGUCGCCUCGUCCAUCAUGUACCCCAAGGUCUUUGAGGAUUACAAGAAGUGGACCGCAAAGUACGGCGAUCUGUCCGUUCUGCCCACACGCUACUUCUUGUCGCGUCCCGAGAUUGGCGAGGAGUUCCACGUCGAGCUCGAGAAGGGUAAGGUACUUAUCCUGAAGUUGCUUGCUGUCGGCCCUCUGUCCGAGCAGACUGGUCUGCGUGAAGUCUUUUACGAGAUGAACGGAGAGACGCGUACCGUGACGGUCGAGGACCAGCACGCGGCCAUUGAGAACGUCUCGAGGCCCAAGGCGGAUCCCACAGACAGCAGCCAGGUCGGCGCACCCAUGUCUGGUGUGCUGGUCGAGGUGCGCGUGCACGACGGCAGCGAGGUUAAGAAGGGCGACCCCGUCGCCAUUCUCAGCGCCAUGAAGAUGGAAAUGGUCAUCUCGGCACCUCACUCUGGAAAGGUGGGCAACCUGUCGGUGCGCGAGGGUGACUCUGUCGACUCUGGCGACCUCGUCUGCAAGCUCGUCAAGUAG